AUGAUUAAUAGAUGUAAAAGAGACAGACAGACAUAUAGGCAGGAAAAAGGUGAUUCAGAUGAGGAUGAGAAUAAGGACCAGGAAAAGAAGGAGCAAGAGGAGUUUAUUCAAUCUAACGAUGAGGAAUCAAACGACGAAUCGGACAUAGAGGAUUUAGAGAACGAAGGCCAACACCACAAAGGCCAUCGCAGUGGUGACUCGAAGAAUCGUUCUUUCAACGAGGAGGGCUCGGCCUCCGAUUCCUCCAGUGAUUCCAGUUCAUCUUCAGGCUCUGAUUCUGAUAUUGCUCCUGAUGACCCUAGUCAUCUUGCUCGUAAGGCCCAAAAGAAGACGGAGCUUUUGCAACGAAUAUCCGAUAAGGUUGCAGCUCAAGCAGCCGAGGAGCACUCAAACUCCAAAAGACCAUUCCAAGACGACUCCUCUUCUAGUCCUCAAGCGAAGAGGUUCAAACCGGCAGCAGCACCUACUUUGAUUGGGAACUCAUCGCAUGCUCCUUCGGCUCCUGCAACUACACCAGCUGAUGAUGAUUUCGUCGCUGCAGUAAAAAAAUACCUCAUGCGAAAACCCAUUAGCCUUCCGGAUUUAUUGAAGAAAAUGAAGUCCAAGAGACUCCUUCCUCAAUCGUCUGGGUCGGCUCAGGGACGUGUUGGAACAGAUGAUGUUGCGGAGACAAUGUUGGCGAAUGCACUGCGUCAGUUGCGUCCAAUGAAGCAGAUUAUUAAUGGACAGUCGUACCUUUCUCUGAAGCGAUGA